UGCUAAGCAACAUCAGUUCUUCCAGCGUCCACUACGAUGUGUUGACGUCAUCUACCUGAGUGAGCUCAACUCCAAUCUUAAAUUAGUAACGGUCGUUAGCAAACUGUCAUGAAUGAUUCACGGAGCAGGCGGACCGAAAUGCAGAGACUUGGCAGGCACAAGGAACUGAAGAAUACCUUUAUUGACGAACACAUGAACAGCAAACAGGAGUGCAGGCAGGAAACUGAACAAAUGAUCCUAGAAGACUCAACUGAAAACCAGACCUUAAAUACAAACUUAACUAGUCAGACAACAAGGAACCGGUGAUAAGACACAGGGGCAGGCUGGGAGCUGAUAGACUGGGAGCAGGGCUGACCAGACUGAUAUAAGGGCAAGUGUGAAGGUAACAGCAGACUGAGGAAGAACAUUGAGAUAAGGAGAGGGCUAAUGAGGAUGAACGGAGGGCAGGUGUAAGGAGGAGUACAUGAACACAGGAGGAAAAACACAAUGAGCACAGUCCAACCAAUAAAGGCAACCAAAAUGACAUAAAGCCAGAAGUCCCUCAUAAAGUUCGACUCAAACAAGCCCUCUCCCACACAGUCCAAUCUUCACAAAACAGAAAGGUCAGAGGGCAUCUGGUGGACAAUGGCAACUAUGAAAUACAGAACCAGACUCUAAGGAGUCUCUAGAGUAACCCCUGGGCCACACUGGAUGCGUGAGCAGCGCGUGUGCGUGUGAGUCGCUGAACUGCUGCGUCUCUCACGCUUGCAGCGUCCGCACUGGAAGCGUGUCUGCAGCGGCGCUUCUGCCACUGGCAGCCCUAUCUUUCUCGUUUUCCCUGUCUAUUUCUGCUUAGAACCGCGCACGUCACGCGGAGAAAAUAGGUGAGACCUCGAAUCUCUAGAUGAUGCGACGUAGCAACCUUGCGUGAGACGCGCGUGACACGCGUUUCCUCAGGACCUGAUUCUGGGAUCCACUUAGUAGAUAGUAAAGUAAUUGACUAUGGUGAUAGUAAUGCAUCCUAGCAUGCAGGAUAUUCCCCUAACAAGAGUGGUCUAACUGCACAAUGUUUCCCUGAGGCUUCCUGAAAGGACACCAUCCGCGGCCAAAAGUGAAUCCCUGUUGCUACUACCCUUGUCAACACUCAGGAGUGUGUGUGAGGUUUGGGACAGACCGCUACGAAUGUGACUGCACUCGCACUGGCUUCUACGGGGAAAAUUGCACUGUUCCGGAGUUCUGGACCAGGAUCCGCUUCAUGCUAAAGCCCAGCCCUGCGGUGGUUCACUACAUCCUCACACACUUCCAGUGGUUCUGGGACCUUAUCAACAGAUCUUUCUUGCAAGAUACCUUUAUGAGAUUUGUGCUGACAGUCAGAAGUGAUCUUAUUCCAAGCCCUCCGACCUACAAUACUAAGUAUGGCUAUCUCAGCUGGGAGUCCUACUACAACCUCUCCUACUACACCCGGCUCCUACCUCCUGUACCUAAAGACUGUCCUUUGCCCAUGGGAACUAAAGGCAAACCUGAUCUCCCUGAUCCCAAAGUGCUGGCCGAGCGUUUUUUUAAGAGAAAGAAGUUCAGGCCAGAUCCUCAGGGAACCAAUCUGAUGUUCGCCUUCAUGGCACAACACUUCACCCAUCAAUUCUUCAAGACAAAGCAUGGAGCUCACGAAGGCCUCACCAAGGCUCUAGGACACGGGGUAGAUGCGAGCAAUAUAUAUGGAGACGAUCUCAUGAGACAGUUUCAUCUCCGGCUUCAUAAAGAUGGAAAGCUGAAGUAUCAGUUAGUGAACGGUGAGAUGUAUCCCCCUCUAGUAUCUGAAGCCCCUGUGCACAUGUUGUAUCCUAAAAACGUCCCUCAAGACCAGCGUCUGGCCAUUGGUCAGGAGGUUUAUGGCAUGCUGCCGGGCCUCACUAUGUACGCCACCAUAUGGCUGAGGGAGCAUAACAGAGUCUGUGACAUCCUGAAGGCAGAACAUCCCACCUGGGACGACGAGCAGCUCUUCCAGACUGCCAGGCUCAUCAUCAUAGGUGAGAUCAUCAACAUUAUAAUAGAAGAGUACGUGCAGCAGUUGAGCGGUUACAGGCUGAAGCUGAAGUUCGAUCCCACUCUACUCUUCAACGCACGCUUCCAGUACAGCAACCGCAUCGCCCUGGAGUUCUGCCAUCUCUAUCACUGGCACCCGCUGAUGCCUGACAGCUUCCUAAUCGACGGAGAUGACAUCCCGCACUCUCAGUUUCACUACAACACCUCGCUCCUCAUGCAUUACGGGAUAGAGAAACUUGUGGAUGCUUUCUCGCGACAGCCUGCAGGACAGAUAGGUGGAGGUCACAACUCUCAUGAAGUAGUGCUCAAAGUGGCAGAAUUGGUCAUCAGAGAGUCCAGAGCAGUGCGUAUGCAGCCCUUCAAUGAAUACAGAAAGAGGUUUAACCUGAAACCAUACAGCUCCUUUUAUGAAUUCACUGAUAACGUAGAAAUGGCCAGAGGUUUAGAGGAACUUUAUGGUGACAUAGAUGCUUUGGAGUUCUACCCCGGCGUCUUACUGGAGAGGACCCGUCCUAGCAGUAUAUUUGGUGAGAGUAUGGUAGAGAUGGGUGCUCCCUUCUCCCUGAAAGGCCUGAUGGGAAACCCUAUCUGCUCCCCGGAGUACUGGAAGCCCAGCACCUUUGGGGGAGAGACGGGCUUCAAUAUCGUCAAAACUUCCACUUUGAAGAAGCUGGUGUGCCUCAACACCAAGUGGUGUCCUUACGUGGACUUCCAUGUUCCACGAAAUGAAGAGGAGGCAAAACCAAGGAAACCUUCAACAGAGCUUUAAUAAUUUUACUGAUGUUAUCUUGCCAUUUAUCAUUUAUACUGACUGUGGGAAAUGACGUACUGUAGUUCUCAAUGGGCCUCAUGCAAAAACAUUUUCGUAUUUUUAUCCUAAAACUCUUUUUCUGAAGUUUGCUUGUACAAGCGUUCCAAGUCAAAUUCAACAAACUCUCUCAACUGCCUGAACUUGUUGUGAAUUGCUCGUUUCAGCCUGAUGAAUGUCACCUGUUCAUGAGGAGGCAGACGUUUGUGAGAUGUGAUCGUUAGCAUAAUCCACACCCCUAAAAUUGCCAUAUAAGGCUCCAUGUUCUGCUCAGUCUGUGGACAAUUUUCAUUCACAAAAAAGUCCCCAAAGAGUAAAAACACAGCGCAGCUUCACGUCCCGCUUUCAGAAAUCAGCAGACAAACACAAAACAAAUUUGGGAGUGGCAGAGACACGAAACAAUUUGAAAAUAUGAAUCCAGCUGCCAACGACUUGUGUGGGCCACUCAUUAAAUUUUGUUCGUACCUAAGAGAAAAUUCUAGGAACGAGAAAAUUGAUGAAUGCCACAAAUGUUUUUUCAUUAUGCGUACAUGCAUUUUAAGAGGAAGAGUCUGUUCAUGUGCGUAGUUCUUGCAUGAGGCCAGAAAUGUGUUUUUGUCAUUGUCCCGUUCACACUGGAUUUGUUUCAGAGAGGAAAGUGAUUUUAACAUUACAUGUUCUUAUUCAGUGGUUUUAAUCCUGCCUGCAGUGAACAACAUACUGCACAUUUAAGUUGUUCUACCUCCUCACACAUCAUGUAGUUUCUGGAGAUCUGUUUUGUUUUUUUUAGUUAUUUGCUUAUAUCUGUAUGAUUGAUUCUUUCUUUUUCAUUAUUUGUGACUUUUUUGUAACCUUGUGAAAUUAAAUUAGCUUCCUUUCAGA